UUGCGCUCCGCCCUUAUCCUCUCUAGACACUCUACAGAGAAACCAACCCAAACCCCUUCGCUCUCUCUCUCUCAAACGAAUGUGAAAGCAAUCGCAGUCGAAGAGGAGAGCCACUCUCAGGGUCACACCCCACCACCGCCACCACUGUGUCACCUUGUGUGUGCGUGUAAGAGAGAGACCCACAUCACCACAUGUAAUUGAAUUAAGGGGGUCGUCUACAGUCCAUUUCCUUCAUCACCAGAUGCGCUAUUAAGGAAGCAUAGAUUAAUCUUUUUUAGCUGAUCAUGGAAGGAGAGAAUGGGAUCCGAAGACCCAACUUCCCAUUGCAGUUGCUAGAGAAGAAGGAAGAAGAUGAUGUGUGUUCAAGCUCAGGAUACCCAUCUCUAGCCAUAUCAGCCGAGACAAGCACGAUCCGAUCACCCAAUAAUUCUACCCUCCAAGUCCAAACAGCUGAGCCUUCAAAUAAGCCUCCACCAAAGCGUACCUCGACCAAGGAUCGACACACAAAGGUCGACGGCCGGGGACGUCGCAUUCGUAUGCCGGCGACAUGUGCCGCUCGCGUCUUCCAACUCACUCGAGAGCUCGGCCACAAGUCAGACGGUGAAACCAUCGAAUGGCUCCUCCAACAAGCAGAACCCGCCGUGAUCGCCGCCACUGGGACCGGUACUAUUCCAGCCAAUUUCACGUCCUUAAACAUCUCCCUCCGGAGCUCUGGGUCUAGCAUCUCGGCCCCGUCUCAGCUCAGAACCUCAUACUUCAAUCCAAACUUCGCAGCAGCAGCAGCAGCCAGUCAACAGCUAAGGAUGAGAAGCGAAUGGGAGCGAAACAUCGAUGAUUCCCAACGUCGAAUUCUAUUCCCGGAGAGCUCUUCCUCCACGCUUCUUAAUUUCAACACAAGCAAUGUAAACCCUGCCAUGUUACAUGCCACUAAGCAAGAGCUUCGUGACCCGUGUUUGGACAUGUCGUCGGAUGCCGCCGCCGAGGUGGGCAUCGGAGGGAGAAAGCGUAGGCAGGAGCAAGACCCUUCUCAACAACAGAUGGGUAACUACUUGUUACAAUCGAGUUCCGGCCCAAUUCAGGCGAGCCAUGGACAGCAAAUUCCGGCGAAUUUUUGGAUGGUUACUAACCCUAACAACCAAGGCAUGAGUGGUGAUCCCAUAUGGACAUUCCCUUCCGUGAGCAACACUAAUAUGUAUAGAGGAUCUAUGUCAAGUGGGCUACAUUUCAUGAAUUUCCCAACCCCUAUGGCUCUCUUGCCAAGCCAGCAGUUGGGUUCAGGCAUCGGUGGGAGUGGUGGCACGUCGGAGGGUCACUUGGGUAUGCUUGCCGCACUUAAUGCGUAUCGCCCGUUGUCCGGCGGCGCCGGCCCUAAUGAUCCUGAUCAGGCGAGUGGUUCCAAUCAACAUCAUCAAGGAGGGAAUGAACGACAUGAUUGAUGGUGAUCAUAUUCAAACAUGUAUGGCUUGAAUUUCAAUUUGAAUUUGAAAUUUUUUUUUUUCUGAAAAAAUCUUUUAAAUACAUAUUUUGCACUUGCAACACACGUGCCGUUUGAUUUCUCCAAAUCUGAGUUCUAAUAUUCCUUUUUUUAUUUUUAUUUUUUUGGGGGGCCUUCCUUCAUCUUCUGUUCUGUUAUGUGUGAGUGAGUACUGAGUUACUAGGGUUUAGGGUUUGAGGAGACGGAUUUUUAACAUUGAGUAUUGGCUGCUUUUUUAUUACUGUCUCUUGAGCUGUUACUAAACACAAUCUUAAUUAUUAUAAAUUUGCUGUUUUACAGUUUUGGUUUAA